UUGCCAACAGAUUGAUAUUUCGUCGCAUACUCUAACUCUUCAUAACUUCAUAGUAAAAAUCGUCAAUUUUAACGACGAAACGUAAUAAAAAACGUGCGAAUUAUUGUGAUAAUUUCCUUUAGCGUUAAUAAAUAUAGUUCAAUUUUAAUAAAUUAAAAAUGUUUAUCUUGGAUUGGUUCACUGGUGUCCUAGGAUUUUUGGGAUUGUGGAAGAAAUCAGGCAAACUACUGUUCCUGGGUCUAGACAAUGCAGGCAAAACAACACUCCUGCACAUGCUGAAGGAUGACAGAUUGGCACAGCAUGUGCCCACACUUCAUCCCACCUCGGAGGAGCUGUCAAUAGGCAGUAUGCGGUUCACAACGUUCGACCUGGGCGGGCAUCAACAGGCGCGCCGCGUGUGGCGCGACUACUUCCCCGCGGUGGACGCCAUCGUGUUCCUGGUGGACGCGUGCGACCGCGCUCGCUUGCCCGAGUCCAAGGCUGAGCUGGACUCACUGCUCACCGACGACACGCUCAGCAACUGCCCCGUCCUCAUCCUCGGCAACAAGAUUGAUAAACCCGGCGCCGCCAGCGAGGAUGAGCUCAGGCAGUUCUUCAACCUUUACCAGCAGACCACCGGCAAGGGCAAGGUAUCGCGGUCGGAGCUACCAGGACGGCCGCUGGAGUUGUUCAUGUGCUCGGUGCUGAAGCGACAGGGCUACGGCGAGGGCUUCCGCUGGCUCGCGCAAUACAUUGACUGAAGACAGCCCGCACACACAACACUCGCGGCUCGCUUAUAAUCGUAUGCUUUUUAUCAUUCAACUCUCGACGUAGCCGUCUUCGUAUUAUAAAUUUGCUUUGAAAGUCCUCUUAACUGUACAUGAAUCUAAAUUUAUUUACAAUGUCUUGUAAAAUAUUCCAUCUAUGUGUGACACAGUUUAUUUAAGUAAAACGUAAUAUUUUGUUAUAUUUCUUUUACUAGCUUAUUAAGGAUCCGGCUACGUUUAAGAAAUGGUAGCGAACGCGCCCGUUUGUAAGCAGCCUAGCGCUCGCUCCCUAGUAAUGUGUUGUCUUAACAGGCUCCCCUAUUUAAUUGCCUUCCUCAUAUCUAUAAUAAUUUCACAAUAGUAACAAAGUUCAUUAUAAAUUUUUUAAAAGUAUAAAUAAGUAAUAUAGUUACUCUUAUAAUUUCGGAUGUGAAACUAUUCUAAGAAACUUCUUCAAAAUCUAAGUACAAAAAAUACUUAUAAUGCCUUUCAUAAAGGCGAUUAAAUUAAGUGGAUCAAACAAUGUUCAUGAUUGCUAUAUCUAUUCAAAGUGUUGUUUGUAAAGUAUUUGUACUUAUGACGAAAAAAAGAUUUGUUUAAAUUACUUAUUUAGUUUUGUUAUGUACUUACGAAUAGUACAAAAGUUAUAUAAUGGAGCUUGUUGAGAUAUGAGCAUUACUAGAUAGCGACGUACAAAAGCAGUUUGAAAACAUCCACUGCAAAUAGUUUAAGCCUAUGGUUAAUUUGAGGUUCCGAUACAAUAUUACAA